AUGAAUUUAAGCGAGUGGCGUCUCGCCCUCAUAAACGCAAAACUGUUGCCAGAACUGAGCCAUGUCCUGACGGGGUUUGAGUUUGGGUUUGAUCAAGGAAUCCCCGUCCACAAACUAGGUGACCUAAAGUGGUAUACGCCAGAUAACCACUCUUCAGCAAGUGAUUCAGCGGAUAAGAUACAGAAAUCAAUAAAAGAAGAGGUCGAGAACAAGCGAAUGUUCGGACCUUUCUCACACGAAGAAGUCAGACAGAGAUUCCCGUUUUUUAGGACUAGCCCACUAGGGUCGGUGGUGAACUCAGACGGAAAAAUUCGGCCGAUUAAUAAUCUGUCUUACCCUAGGAAUGACGACAAAAUCAGAUCUGUGAACUCUUUCGUAAACAAACUAAAUUUCUCCACGACUUGGGACGACUUCAAGACCGUCGCCUCAUUUUUCAGGAACCGUACAGAGCCCCUUAAACUCGCUCUAUUCGACUGGGCUAAAGCGUACCGACAAAUCCCCACAUUGAUGUCACAAUGGCCAUACUUAAUGGUAAAGGAUCUGGAUGGGGGACUUUAUGUUGAUACUCGGAUAACCUUUGGUGGGGUCGCAGGCUGCGGCUCCUUUGGGAUUCCCGCAGACGCUUGGAAGCGCAUAAUGGAGUAUGAAUUCGAUGUGGUAAAAAUUUUUAGGUGGGUCGACGACAAUUUGUUCAUCAAGACCGUCGAUUCCGCAUGCGUGAUGGAGAAUAUCACAGAGAGGUCGGUCAAGUUAGGCGUCGCCACUAGCAUGGGAAAAUGCUCGGAAUUUGCCGAUGAACAAAAAUUUAUAGGAUUUAUCUGGAACGGGGUCAACAAAACAGUAAGGUUGCCAGAUAAGAAGCUAUCGGAAAGAAAAUCUCAAAUUGAAGUUUUCCUGGUAGGAGACACCGAAUUCACAUUUAAUCAAGCUCAAGUCCUAGCAGGCCGUCUGAACCAUGUCGCCUUCAUCCUGCCUCAACUAAGAUGCUAUAUUCGGAGCGUCUACAGGUGGAUGAAUCAGUGGAAGAAACAGUGGGCGACAAGGAAGAUACCAGAAGACGCCAGUUUCGGAAUAGGGGUCUUAGUAGGACGUAGAUGGGUACAACUAAGACUGAAAGAAAACUGGCGCAUAUCGACUCCACCAAGGGGGAUUGCUUGGCUCGAGACCGUCGCUAUUCGAAUCGGCAUAUUGAUGUUACAAGAGAUGCGUAUCGCAACAAGAGGGUCCAACUUCAUUGUAUACACUGAUAAUACAACGACCGAGAGUGUACUGGCCUCGAGGAAGUCAAAAGACCAUCACUCGAAUGAGGAAUGGAAGAAGAUCCAAGGGUUGCUGAUUGAGUCGGAAAUGGACUUGACCCCUUUGAGGGUGAUAUCCGCAGAAAACGCGGCUGAUGGCCUAUCGAGAGGCAUACAGCGGCCACAUGUAUCAGUAGACCGGGUCUGGAUAAACAUACCUGGGGACCUGCAAGACUUCAUAUUCCACGCCUGA